GUAGUAUACUAAAAAUGUGUUGUCGUUCGUCUAGUCGUCUCCCUAAAUUGGUCCGUCGUUCUUUAAAGUUCACUCCGAUUCUCAGUCUCGUUUCCGUCGGAUUCUCUCUUUCUGGUGACCGGAGUUCCGUCGCUUGAGUUUAAUCCUAUCGAAGAGCAGGUUUACAGAACUGCAAGCGCUUGCCAUCCAUCAUGUCUAGAGAGGAUUUGAGUGAUACUCUUCGGAUACUUGUUGCAACUGAUUGCCACUUGGGCUACAUGGAGAAGGAUGAAAUAAGGCGCCACGAUUCCUUCAAGGCUUUUCAAGAGAUUUGCUCUAUUGCUGAGGAUAAACAGGUUUUGAUUUUUUUUAUCCUUUCCCUUGCCACUAUUUUCAUUUCUUCUUCUUUUCCUCAUUAUUUCAAACAGGUGGACUUCUUACUCCUUGGAGGUGAUCUUUUCCAUGAGAAUAAACCCUCUAGAACUACGCUUGUUAAAGCCAUUGAGAUUCUUCGUCGCCAUUGCCUUAAUGAUAAACCCGUGCAGUUUCAAGUGGUCAGCGACCAGACUGUAAAUUUUCAAAAUGCGUUUGGUCAUGUAAAUUAUGAGGAUCCCCACUUCAAUGUAGGCUUGCCCGUCUUUAGUAUUCAUGGAAACCAUGACGAUCCAGCUGGAGUGGACAACCUUUCUGCAAUUGAUAUCCUCUCAGCAUGCAACCUCGUGAAUUAUUUUGGAAAGAUGAAUCUUGGUGGUUCGGGUGUUGGCCAGAUUUCUCUCUACCCUAUACUUAUGAGGAAGGGUUCAACAACUGUGGCUCUCUAUGGUUUAGGAAACAUCAGGGAUGAACGUCUCAACAGAAUGUUUCAGACCCCACACGCUGUCCAAUGGAUGAGGCCUGAAGUUCAAGAAGGCUGUGACGUUUCUGACUGGUUCAAUAUUCUGGUGCUUCAUCAAAAUAGGGUGAAAUCAAACCCCAAAAAUGCAAUAAGCGAGCACUUUCUUCCUCGGUUCCUCGACUUCAUUGUGUGGGGCCAUGAGCAUGAAUGCCUUAUCGACCCCCAGGAGGUAUCUGGAAUGGGCUUCCACAUCACACAACCAGGAUCUUCUGUGGCAACAUCACUGAUUGAUGGGGAAUCAAAGCCAAAGCAUGUUCUUCUCUUAGAAAUCAAGGGCAAUCAAUAUCGUCCUACGAAGAUACCUUUGACAUCUGUGAGGCCUUUUGAGUAUACAGAGAUUGUUUUAAAGGAUGAAGAUGAUAUUGAUCCCAAUGAUCAAAACUCAAUUCUCGAACACUUGGAUAAAGUGGUCAGAGAUCUAAUAGAAAAAGCAAGCAAAAAAGCUGUCAACAGAUCAGAUAUCCAGCUCCCGUUGGUUCGAAUCAAGGUAGAUUACUCUGGAUUUAUGACGAUAAAUCCUCAAAGAUUUGGACAGAAAUAUGUGGGAAAGGUUGCAAAUCCCCAGGACAUUUUAAUAUUCUCCAAAGCUUCUAAGAAAGGUCAACGCGAAGGCACCAUCGAUGAUUCUGAGCGGCUCCGUCCAGAAGAACUGAACCAGCAAAAUAUAGAAGCACUAGUAGCUGAAAGCAACCUGAAAAUGGAGAUCCUUCCAGUUAACGAUCUUGACGUUGCUCUUCAAAAUUUUGUGAACAAGGAUGAUAAACUAGCUUUCUACUCAUGCGUUCAGUACAAUCUUCAAGAGACUCGUGGUAAACUUGCAAAAGAUUCAGAUGCCCAGAAAUUUGAGGAGGACGAUCUGAUUCUUAAAGUGGGAGAGUGCUUAGAGGAACGCUUGAAAGAUAGGUCAACUCGACCCAGUGGUUCCUCACAGUUUUUAUCCACUGGAUUGACAUCAGAGAAUUUGACGAAAAGAAGCAGUGGCAUCGCGAAUGCUUCUUUCAGUGAUGAUGAAGACACGACUCAGAUCUCUGGUUCAGUGCCUGCCACUAGAGGACGGAGAGGUUCAUCCACUGGUACAUCUCGUGGCAGAGCUAAAGCCCCAACCAGAGGAAGAGGCCGAGGUAAGGCCUCGAGUGCGAUGAAGCAAACCACUCUUGAUGGUUCUCUUGGUUUGCGCCAGUCUCAGAGAUCUGCUUCAGCUUCCUUCAAAAGUGCUUCUACCAUUGUAGAAGACGAUGUGGAUUCUCCUUCAAGCGAAGAAGCAGAGCCUGAAGAUCUUAACCAAGUUGACAGCAGUUCGGAGGAGGAAGAGAACACUAGAGGCAAAGGACGGAAAAGACAAGCUACUACUAAGAGAGGCAGAGGUAGAGGUACGGUGACAUCAAAACGUGGUAGAAAAAACGAAAGCUCUUCUUCACUUCAUAGGCUGCUCAGUAGCAAAGACGAAGACGAGGACGAAGAUGAUGAAGAUAUUGAAAAGAAGCUAAACAGAUCUCAGCCUCGGGUUACAAGGAACUAUGGAGCUCUAAGAAGAUAAAAUGGCAAGCUCUCCGACGUCCCAGCUCACAACGAAGCUUUAUAGUGUUUUUUUCUCUUCAUUCGUAGCGACUUCUCACGCCAAAUAACGCUGAAAAGAGCAACCAAACACUGAUGAGUCUUUGUGAAAUGGGUAGUGAGAAUUUUGUAGUGUACUUUUUACCGUGCUCUUUUUGAGUUUUGAUGUUGAUCAAUGAGGAAAUAUAUUUUAUUAUCAGACAUCUUUGUUUAACAUCGUUUGUGUCAGUAAUAAUAUGUAAAACGCGAUCAA